UCAGAAUCAGCCUGAAUCAGCCUGAGGUUGACUGAACGUAUAUAACUGAAUUUGAUAAACGAUCACGUUUUAAUCUGAAAAAAUUAUAAUGGAGGAAAAGGAGAGUGAAAAAUCAGCCGCAGAAAAGCAUAGAGAACGAAUGAAGCGUUUGCGAGAGCUGCAUGCAAAGAGAAAUGAGGCCAGACAGCAGAAUCAUAAAGAGGUUAUUGAAGAGGACAAAAGAAGUAAGCUUCCUUCGAACUGGGAAUCGCGUAAGAGGCAAGCAGAAUGGAUGAUGCAGGAUGAAGCUGCAAAAAAAAUAGCGCAAGAAAAAGGGGAAGAUUACGAACGAACGAAGUUACUUCACAUCGAUGCAACAGAGGCAGAACGUAUAGCAAGGAAAAAGAGGAAUAAAAAAAAUCCAGAUCCAGGUUUCUCUGAUUAUGAACAAGCAGCUAUCAGACAGUACAAUAGAUUAGUAAAAAAUAUUAAACCAAAUAUGGACUGUUACGACGAGGCCAGAGAAAAAUUAGGUCCAGCUUUCUAUGGAGACAGAAACACCAUACUGCAUGGUCUUCACGAAGAUAAAAAAGAGGCUAUAGAUAAAAUGGUUCAAGAUUUAGAGAAACAGAUUGCAAAGAGGGACAAGUACAGCAGAAGAAGAAUGCACAACGACGAUGCCGAUAUCGAUUACAUCAACGAACGUAAUGCUAAAUUCAAUCAGAAAUUGGAAAGAUUUUAUGGAGAAUACACGCGUGAAACAAAGUUGAAUCUGGAAAGGGGUACAGCUAUAUAAUGGCAAAAUAUAUUACACUAAUAAACUUACUACAAAUAACUUGUAUUUUAAAUAGUAUGUCAAAACUGAUACAAAUAGGUGUCAAACUACUGAUAAGUCGUUGGUAUUAUUUAGUAAUUAUAAGUGCAGAUGGUACAUUUCGUGUCACGGUGAUUGCGAUCUUUAAAUUCAGAUUCAGUUUAUAUAUAUGUAUAUUCAAUUAUUACUAAAGUAUAUUACUUUUGAA